GGUUUUCUUCCCCCUCUGCUGUCUUCCCAGCAAUUAGAAGCGGGCUGCCCCGAGUCGAAGUGCGCUCGCUUUUCUAUUCUUCUUUUUGUUUUAAAGGAAGCCACCUACACCCCCUUUGAGCAGUGCUUAAACGCCUUCUCUUUUACUAUUACUCAGACAACUCCAAGGCAAGGUAAUCAGCGAGAACGUUAAGCGCUUCAUGUACCGUUUCUGUAGCGAAGGAGCGCCGCUCGCAUGUGCCGGCGUAAGCAAGGGCAGUUGGAGCAGCGCCUUGUCCCGCUGUCAGCCUUCGUCGUGCCACGCUUUUGCACUAACGCAGCGACGAUGGUUGACAGCGGGGCGGGGAGGAGGCCCGCCGCUGCCGCCGCCACUCCCGCCACCUCCCGGCAGCGCGUUGCGCAAUCGCGCCGGUUCGAAGCUCCCCCCGCCCCCUCCGCUGACCUCCGCCCACUUAGGCACGGCAUCCGGGGCCGGCACGACCCACGCCCCUGCGACGGUGCUGCGCUCCCCCCAGGAGGUUCUCACCGCCUUCGUUUCGUACAUCCCCACGUACUACGUGAGUGUGCCAUGCGUGGCGUCGGUGCUGCCGGAGGAGCUCCGCGAAAAUUUUGUUGGACGCGGUCGUCUUCUAUAUUUUCUGAAGCGCUUCCCGUUUUUGUUCGAUAUGCAGAUGAAUGGCAUCGGCUCCAGUUUGGUGCGGCUGCACCGCGACGUGAGCCACCCGCAGCGCGGCGCUGCCGAUGAGAAGUACAUGAUGACAGACGUGGGUGAGACGACGAGCUACAUUGCCAAACCGGAGUACAUCACCAGCACCGAAAGCCUGGACAGUGUGCAGUGUAACGUCUUUGUGAAGCCGCCAGUGCCGCCGCCGUCGGUGCAGGUGCACCUGGAGGAACGUGUGCCCGUGGUGGAUCGCCUGCGUACGCUGGUGCCGGAGACGUUCGUGUCCAUUGAAAAGCUGGAGGAGAACAUCCCAGAGGAUAUCUUGUUUCAUCCCUACUUUGAUUGUCAGGGUGGGCUGCUCUCCAUUGCGGGUAAGCUGCCCGAUGAAUUUCAGGUCGUGGACGGCCACGUUCGUCGUCGUCCACGGCAUCUCGCUCCGCUCGCGCUGGACGAAUACACGCUGGAGACGUCGCCUUUCCCGGAGGUGGCCGCGAUGAUCAAACGCGCGGUUUGCGACAGUGACAUUCCACACUGGGUCAGCAUCACUCCCCUGUACGAAGCUCUCUCGCGGGAGCAGAAGCACAAGCUGAAGCAGCAGUUUAAGAGUUUCGCAGGUUUUCUGCGUGCCCACGGCCGAGCGCUGGCGGUCUCGACGGACAUGCUGCAGGUGUCCAUGUGGAUCUGCAAGAACCCACCGCCGUUGCAGCCGGUUCUCGAAGAGGGGAGCACACCCGGCUCGGCGCAACUUUCCCUAGACGUCAGCAAGUCUGCCGUGGCGACGGAGGCAUCACCACCAUCUUCGUCGUCCUCUUCUUCAAAGCCUGUCACCUACACGAGAGCGGAGAUAAUAAACGCGUGGUACGACCGCUUCCCCUCCCACAAAACGCUCAACUUACGGGACGCGAUGGAGCUGCUGCCGAUUGAGAUGCGCACCUCAGGCCUGCCCAAGAAGAUCGCCCCCUGGCUCGCCACCCAUCCUCACUACUUUACCGUAGAUUACAUGGAGGAGGAAGACCCAACCAAGGUGCUCAUCCGGCGUGCUUCGGAGUGGCAACCACUCGAUAUCGCGAUGGCCCUCUACGCCCACAUGCCAGAUGCGAAGACGGAGUACGACGCGGCGGCCGUGCUACAGAGCGUGGAGCCGUCCCUACGACGGGUCGUGGAGGAACUAGGGAUGGAGCAGCUCGGUGAUGUGCUUCCCCAGUGGCUGCGCGUCACGAAGCGGCGUGGCUCUGCUGCUGCCGCUUCCACAGAGGCGGCGAACUUCACACUGCGCCGGCUGCAAGAAUCCGACGCUCUUCAGAAGGAAAUUCAACAUCGGCGACUGCAGAAAGAAAAGAAGAAGGAGACCGGUGUGACAGAUGACGUGGAUGCCGAGGACAUGGCGAAUCUGCCGAGGUAA